GUGAGCGGAUGGGUUUAUUUUUGGGUCAGUGACAGUGUGUCAAUGGCUGCAGAUGCGUCGGACAGGAAGGCUCUGAGGUACAAGCAAACGCUGCUGUAUGGAGAGUACCAGGAGAACCAGGGUGGCUCGGGCAGACGGGAGGCCACACGCCUGCUGACGGAGAGGCAGAUCAAGAAACAUGGAAAUCAUCAUCAUCAUCAUCACAGCCAUGAGAGGACACAACACGGACAUGGUCGCCAUAGCCACGGCCACCAACAUGGCAAUCACAGCAGGCAAAAGACAAGAUUUCAGCCCAACAUGGAAAGUGAGGCUGCAGAUGAGCAAAUGGCUGAUGAUGAAUUUACCUCCACGAGGAAAAUGCGAUCCUACUCUAAAUGCAGAGACUGCAUAGCACGGGUGCAGCGGUUUCUUGUGACGAGGCUGGGAGAAGACUGGAUCUUCCUGGUUCUACUGGGAAUCACGAUGGCUCUGGUCAGCUGGACCAUGGACUAUGCUAGUGCAAAAAGCCUGCAAGCGUAUAAAUGGAUUUAUAGGGAACUGAAGGAAAACAUCCCCCUGCAGUACCUGGCCUGGGUUUCCUAUCCCCUGAUGUUUAUCCUCUUCUCCUCACUUUUCUGUCACCUGGUUUCUCCUCAAGCUAUCGGUUCUGGUAUCCCUGAGUUGAAGACCAUUCUGAGAGGGGUUGUUCUUAAGGAAUAUUUGACUCUAAAGGCUUUUAUUGCAAAAGUCAUCGGCCUGACUGCAGCUCUGGGCAGUGGGAUGCCCGUAGGAAAAGAGGGUCCUUUUGUACACAUCGCAAGCAUCUGUGCAGCAGUUCUCAGCCGCUUCAUGUCCUUCUUUUCAGGAGUGUAUCAGAAUCCCUACUGUUAUACGGACAUCCUGACAGUGGGCUGUGCUGUUGGGGUGGGCUGCUGCUUUGGUACUCCACUUGGAGGUGUGCUCUUUAGCAUUGAGGUAACAUCCACAUACUUUGCUGUGAGAAACUACUGGAGAGGAUACUUUGCUGCUACAUUUAGUGCCUUCAUCUUUAGAGUGCUCUCUGUGUUUAACAAGGAUGCAGUGACCAUCACUGCUCUGUUCAGGACAAACUUCCGUAUGGAUUUCCCCUUUGAUCUUCAGGAACUUCCUGCAUUCGCAAUCAUUGGGAUUGCCUGUGGAUUUCUUGGGGCGUUUUUUGUCUAUCUGAACAGACAGGUGGUGCUGUUCAUGAGACGACCAAAUGCAAUGACCCGCUUCCUGAUUAAACAUCGACUCAUCUUUCCAGCUACUGUUACACUGGUCAUUGCCACCUUGACCUUCCCACCAGGGUUUGGACAGUUUAUGGCUGGAGAGCUAAUGCCCAGGGAGUGCAUCAAUUCUUUGUUUGAUAACUUUACGUGGACGAAGAUUUCGGGAUCUCCCUCUCCGGCUGGUCUGGGCCUGUCUGCUGCAUGGCUGCACCCCGACGUUAGCGUCUUUAUCAUCCUGCUGCUCUUCUUCAUCAUGAAGUUCUGGAUGUCUGCGGUGGCCACCACCAUGCCCAUUCCAUCUGGGGCCUUCAUGCCUGUCUUCAUACUCGGAGCUGCAUUUGGGAGGCUGGUUGGGGAAGUCAUGGCAACCCUGUUUCCUCAUGGGAUUGUGUUUGAUGGCAUUCUGUACCGCAUCAUUCCAGGAGGUUACGCAGUCAUCGGUGCAGCAGCAUUGACCGGAGCUGUGACUCAUACCGUGUCUACGGCCGUUAUCUGCUUUGAGCUGACAGGACAGAUCUCCCACAUACUCCCCAUGAUGGUGGCUGUAAUCCUAGCCAACAUGGUGGCCCAGGGCCUGCAACCUUCCCUGUAUGACUCUAUCAUCCAGGUCAAGAAGCUACCGUACCUGCCAGAGCUUGGCUUUGGACACAUGAGCCAAUACAACAUCUUUGUGGAAGACAUUAUGGUUAGAAAGGUGAAGUUCAUAUCAUCCCAGUCGACAUACAGAGAAGUCAAACACCUGCUGGACUCCUUCUCACUGAAAACGAUCCCUUUGGUUGACUCUAAAGAUUCUAUGAUCCUCCUGGGCAGCGUUGACCGGGUGGAGCUUCUAGCGCUCUGUGAUUGGUGGUUGUCCCCAGAAAGACGACUUCUGAUGGAGGGUCCAAGCCUACAGGAGCAGAAUCAGUGUCCAAAAAGCAGCUGGGAGUCAUUCGCCUUUGUAGAUGAGGAAGAAGAUGAAGAAAGAGACAAGGGCAGCCCUGUUCAGGAGGAAAGAAACGGCCCUGUACCCCCUCCGAAACCUCAGGACCCUUCCUCCAACCACACUGCACCUGCAACUGAAAAAGGUCCCCUGCAGUCGGUGAGGAGAACGCUCAGAAAUCUCUUCACCUCUAAAAGCAGACAGUCGGAGAAGGAACUGCAGGAACCCUGUCCUCCUCCUCUAUCAGACUCGAUGACUUCAGACGAGAUCAAAGCGUGGGAAGAGGCAGAGAUGGACAAGCCGAUGGAAAUCGAUGAGAUACGAAUUGACCCUUCACCUUUCCAGCUGGUGGAGAGAACUUCAUUGCACAAGACUCACACAUUAUUCUCCCUGCUUGGACUAAGUCAUGCUUAUGUGACCAGCAUUGGAAAACUUGUGGGGGUGGUGGCUUUAAAAGAGCUCCAGAAGGCCAUCGAAGGCUCCACGCGCUCCGGUGUCCGGCUCCGGCCCCCUUUGGCCAGCUUUCGUGACAUCAGCAAACACAAAUCUGUCCCUAAACCUCCACCCUCUUCUUCCAGCGCUCCUUCAUCUCCCACUGCAGCCUCUCCGCCGUUGUCUCAAAUUACCCCAGAGCCUCCCCUCUCUUUAACCCCUGACCACAACCAACCCCAUAAUAAUCAUCAUCAUCAUAAUCACCAUGAGCAUGAAACGGAGGUAUGGAUUGAGGGUGUACCGAAGGAAGUAGAGGAGUGUAGCAGUAGCAUCCGCCGCAGCAGCAGCACUUCAACAAGUGGCUCAGGAAGUAGAAGUUACCGUUACAACAGCGAUCUCACCCUCCCUCCACCUUCCACUCCUCCUCCUGCCCCUCCUUCCACAACCCCUCCUCCAUCUCCUUCUUCCUCCAGCCCUCUCCCCACCCUGAGGCCUUCACAGAGACUCCUUCAGGUGGUAGAAGACAGUGAUGAUGAGCCAAUGAUUUAGCUUACAAAGAAUAUUUUUUAUACUGGAAAUUUGUAUUUAAAGAUUUUUUUUUUCCCUUUCUUAACUUAUCAUCCUGGUAUUUGGGCACUUUAUGUACCUCUCUUUAUCACACUGCUACAAAUUCUUUGUGGUUUAGAGAUUUAGUUCUCCAGCAAAACCUUUGCCAUCACUUCUAAACACGAUGCAGUGGUGUUGUACCUCAGGGAUCAAUCCUUUCCCCCUUUUGCUUUCAAUUUACAUACCUCCUUUACACCAGCUUAACCAGAACUUAUAGCAUAUUUCAUUGGUUGAAAAUAGGAAAUGAGACUUAAAAUUAUGUUUAUGAUUGUUUUAGAUCCAAAGCAGCAUAGAAAAUUUUGACAUAACGUUCACCAUAACCUGUUUGUUGGAAAUGUUUUGCUUUUCGUUAAGAAUUCCAUGGAAAACAUGAAAAAAUAAGUAAAUGCAUCCCAUGCUGCUUUUAUAUUUUUAUUAGUUAAUUUGAUUAAUUUGUUUCCCAACCAAAAUGAGGCUGCACUUUUAUCUAUUUAUUGUUAGCAACUUUGUUGAAAAAUUAGCAAAAUAUUGCCUGGCAAAAACCAUCGGUGCUCCAGAGAAAGGUUCCUGUAGUGCCAAAUUACCUGAUUGUUCUUGUCUUAGUUUUUAAAAUGACAUCAGAACAGGUGAAGUUAAUUUGGCACAAACCUUUUGGAUAGCAGCUCAGUAAUGAAGCUGCUCAGUCCACCAUGGAAGACUGGCCAAAGCCCCACAACGACCUCUGUGCUGACCUUGUGGAAGCAGCCCCAGAGCUCAUUUCUCCGUGGCUAAGUUGACAAAUGAAGCAGCUAAAGGCGACUGACAACACCAAAACCUCUCUAACAAAGAUUCCGUUUGGGUUUUUUUUUUUUUUUUUUACAAAGCCACGUCCCAGAAUGACUCGCAGCUUCUUUGAAUAAUUUACAGGAGAAUAUUUAUGAGAAUCAAAUCGGACAGAACAAAUACCCAUCUAUGGCAUCUUCAGCAAAGUGAUGGUUAGUAUCUAUGACAGUAAAUGACAGCUGACAGUUUGUUGUAUAACUUGUUGUAUAACUUCUACACAUGAUAGAGAUUCAGACAUCUGAAAAUGUUGACGAUUCCAGAUGGGAAUCUUCUAAAUUAGUAUUUAAAUUUAAUUUAAUUUCAAUAUUUAAAGGAUGAACAGUCAGGAUGAAUUAAUUCAGAGGCUGGAAGUUAAGGGUCGCACAGAAAUGUGUCUUGCAUCAGGAAUAGAAGGUUUUAUGUUUCCUCUCAAAUGCUGAUCUGUGUUUGAAAUCUACAGUUUUCUGUUACUGAAAGUCUGUUUAUCUGCACAUUGAAAGCUGGGUGCAUGUUCUAACUAAAGUUAGCACCUUAGAGGACUCCUUCAUAUAACAAAGUCAUUUCAUUCACAGAUAGUCAUAAAA